GGAGAGCGGCGGCGGCGGUCGGCGAGGCGGCAGCGACAUGCAGCGGCGCGGUGGCUCGAGUACCGCGGUCGUGCUCCUGCUCCUGGUGGCGGCACUGAUCGAUGGCUCGGACGCCAAUCCCUACGCCAAACGGCUGUACGAUGACCUGCUAAGCAACUACAACCGGCUCAUCCGACCCGUGGGAAACAACACCGAGAAACUCACCGUCUGGCUCAAACUCAAACUCUCGCAGCUCAUCGAUGUGAACCUGAAGAAUCAGAUUAUGACGACCAACGUCUGGGUCCAACAGAAAUGGUUCGACUACAAGCUCAGCUGGAACCCGGCCGAUUACGGAGGAGUGGACAAGCUGUACGUGCCGUCCGAGCACAUCUGGCUUCCCGACAUCGUCCUCUUCAACAACGCUGACGGCAACUACGAGGUGACGCUGAUGACCAAGGCGACGUUGCGCCACGACGGCCAGGUGGUCUGGAAGCCGCCGGCCAUCUACAAGUCCUCUUGCGAGAUCGACGUGGAGUGGUUCCCCUUCGACGAGCAGAGCUGCGUCAUGAAGUUCGGCAGCUGGACCUACGACGGCUUCCAGGUGGACCUGAAGCACAUGGAGCAGAAGUCGGGCAGCAAUAUCGUUGACAUCGGGAUCGACCUCACCGAGUACUACAUGAGUGUCGAGUGGGACAUCCUCGAGAUCCCGGCCAAGCGGAACGAGGAGCUGUACGUGCAGACGCCGUAUCCAGACAUCACAUUCAACCUGACAAUGCGGCGGAAGACGCUCUUCUACACGGUGAACCUCAUCAUCCCCUGCGUGGGCAUCUCUUUCCUGACCAUCCUGGUGUUCUACCUGCCGUCCGACUCGGGCGAGAAGGUCACCCUGUGCAUCUCGAUCCUGCUGUCGCUGACCGUGUUCUUCCUACUGCUGGCUGAGAUCAUCCCUCCGACGUCUCUGGCGGUGCCGCUGCUCGGCAAGUACCUGCUCUUCACCAUGGUGCUGGUGACGCUGUCCAUCUGCGUCACUGUCGGCGUGCUCAACGUCCACUUCAGGUCCCCAGCGACUCAUAAGAUGGCGCCGUGGGUGCGGCGUAUCUUCCUGUACCUGAUGCCGCGCCUUUUGCUGAUGAGGAGGCCUCUGUACGGUCCGCGCCGGCAGAGUUUCGACCCCAAGACGCACCUGCAUGACCACGUGUGCACCGCCGGUGCCGAGUAUAUGUCCGGGGACACGUUCCGGGACCCGUACGCAGAUGACUCCACGCCGUCUGCGUUUAAACUGAACGGUGGUUGUGGUGCACAAAAUUCAGAUAUAUUCGGGUGCACCAGCGAGGAGCCCCAAUACCCUCCGGAGGUACAGCGGGCGCUGGAGGGCGUCCAGUUCAUCGCCCGACAUAUCAAGGAAGAAGAUAAAACCAACGAGGCUCGCGAAGAGUGGAAGUACGCCGCGCUCGUGCUGGACCGUCUCUUCCUGCUCCUCUUCCUGACCUCCAACAUUGCCGGCACGGCACUCAUUUUCCUGCGCGCCCCGUCCCUGUACGACUAUAGCCGGCCCAUAGACAUCGACCAUAGUACCAUCGGCAUCUAUGCGCCGUCGCCGGGCGAGCCGGAGGAUGUGGGCAUGUAUAACAUUGGCCCGUAGUGGCGCCGGCGGGCGCCGGCCGCCCACCCGCGAUCAUCCAGGACUGGAAGUACGUGGCCAUGGUGCUCGACCGGCUCUUCCUGUGGCUGUUCACUCUGGCGUGCGUGCUCGGCACGGUGGCCAUCAUAUUCCAGGCGCCCUCUCUGUACGACACGCGGGACGCCAUCGACUCGCAGUACUCCAAUAUCAAGGUGCCCACCACCGACCCCAGCUACGGCGGCUGAGCGGCUGGGCUGCUGAGCGUCUGACCGGCUGGGCUGCUGAGCGGCUGACUGGCUGGGCUGCUGGGCGUCUGAGCGGCUGGACGGCUGGACGGCUGGCUGAGCAGUGCUGACCGCAGCUUCCAGUGUCACUAACCCCACCACCCGGCAGUGAGCCGUGAAACGAGAAGACCCGGCCGGCACCAGUCAGCAGUCAGUCAGCGGUGGCAGCUUAGUCAGCGGGCGUCAGCGGUCAGCAGCGACGGACGCUCAGCGCCGGCCGUCAACAGUCAGCAGGUCACCGGCAGGGGGCAGCACUGCUGCCGCCGCGGCCGACUCCGGGCGACUGAACGGCGACAGGCCGUUACCGGCUGGUGGGGCGCCUGCUGUAUCACAGAGCAGCGUCUCCCGGGUCCACCUCCCCUCUCAGAAUCUCUAACCGGUCACUGGACGCUCCAAUGUAUGACGGCAGCGGUCCCCGCAGUCGGUCUGUGUGGGGUUAUCACCGUUCGGUGACUGUUGGCAAGUAGAGUGCAUGGGCAUCGUGCAUAGGUGGCCGGAAAGUGUAGCGAUGGGCGGAUUAAUCUCAAUGUGGGUCAGUGUGGAUCAAUAUUAGGCGAUUGGAAUCACAUGCUCGUAGUUUGCGGUUAACCUGUUUCUUUAUCUUUUCGGUGAAAACUAAGCAGGUCGUGUAAUCUUUUCGAAUGCUGACUUUCCAUAUUAAAAAGUAAGUUAUGAGAAGAUGAACGCCCAUCUUUUCGCCCAUGACAUCUUUUUCAUGUAGGCCGAUUUAACCUCAGCCCGUUUCGUAGCAGCUUUCGCUAGUUUUCUGAAAGUCAAAGUGAGAGCCAAAGUGAGAAUCAAAUUAAAAACAUGGCGACGCAAUGUGUGUGUAAAUGUACCUACAAUCUACAUGUAAUGUGCAUACGUGCGUAAGUGAUAUCUGUCCCAGAGACCAGACGGUGAGGGAUGUGCUCUAAGGUGCUUCCUUUAUGCUCUGAUAAAUAUCCAACCAGUUAUGAAUUCAAUUGUAGCUAUCGUGCUGGUUUCCAUGUUGGCACUAAUAUAAGCAAAAAUCAAUUAUAUGAAGAUGUAAAGCCAAACACAGUGUGAUUCACUUUCGAUUUAUGCAAUGUGCUAUUUCAAUGUAGGCAGUCUAUGUAUAACACUAUGUUCCUGUACAUAUGCGUGGAUUAGUUCUCUCUGGUUUCUGUGCAUCAUGUAAGCAAUCCUCUAGACCGUAGUAAACUGUAAAUAUGUCGGAGAAAUGUGAGAAUUGUACAUAGCUACGCUGCAACCAUGGUGUGUGACAGUGCUGUUGAAAUGAUAACCAAGUGAUCGUGCUUCGCCGCACUGUUUGACCGUGCUUCGCUGCAACCAGUGACAUAUGCGACAGCUUUCUAUACAGGUGCCAAGUGUGUACCGUGCCAAGAUAUUUAUCAAUUGUUAAAUCAGUUUGUUGAUUGUUGAAUCCCGUGAUGCUGAUCUUCGUUUAGAUUGAGGUUACCUAGAUUUUGUAUGACGCGUUUAAUACGUGACCUGUGUGAUGUCAACCUCUUGCUUCGUCUGGACACCUGAACUAUCAUCUUAACGGCGUUUCUAAGAAAAUGACAGAAAGAUCACAUCUGUUUUUAGCGUGGAUUACGUUAUCGUGAUGGAUGAUCAUAAACUUUAUGAGCUUAA